AUGCCCUGGAGAUACGUCAGGCACCUCCAUUUCAAAAUAGACUUUUAUAAGCCGUGGUGGGCAGAUUGUCCUCAUAGGGCAUUAUACACCCAGGAUGAUAUAUGGACCGAGAUCGAGUCCGACUCGGAUCUCGACGCAUCCGGCGACGGCGCCAUAAGGUCCGACUAUCGUCCAUAUGAGGGGUUUUCAAACCAUUCUCGUGAUUUUGAGCAUCUUGCGUUUACCGCCGGGUUGAUUGUUAAUGAGAUCGGCGAUAAUCGUCUAGACACCUUCAGUUGGGAACUGGAAACAUGUAUUCCAGAAGCCAUUCUUGGGCCCCGGGGUAUUAUCACUACACGUCAGAGAUUGCUCCGCGCUUUGAGUAUCAUCACAAACCCUUGUUGCCAUGAAAAGCCAACCAUGCGGGCGACUCAGGGAUCGGCCAUCGAUUUGGGCAACUUUCGGAAGCUGAAAAGCUUGCAAUGGAGAGCACCUCGUUCAGAAGACACCUUGACCUUGUUAUCUGCCUUGUCAAGGAACCGACGACAUCUAGAGCGACUUGAGCUAGACCUAGGAGAAUGCCAUGAUGAUAAGGGUGAACAUUCACCAUCUGAACAGGAAUCACUUAUCCACGAUUCUGCAUUCUUGAGAAAGAUUCUUCGCAUCCAACCUGCUCCGUCGAUGCCGGUGUUUCCAGAACUAAGAGAGCUGUUUCUUUUGUCUACCACUAUCGGGCCUGGAUUAGCUCGAGGACUUGAUUUCGACACGUUGGUCUCGCUUCGCUUCCGCGACUGCCACGGGUUGCCUGGAUUUUUCGCCACUCUGGUGGAACUACGGGUACAACCUAAAAUUAAGGCGUUUGAGAUUUACAGCAGUAAUGAGUUUAAAGAUUUUGUCAGUCAAGAGGAAGAGCUGAAAGACGCGGUCAUGCGUUUUCUUGGCUCCUUCAGUGGACUAACCGAUCUAGCCUUGCGGCUAACAUCAGUGCCUAGGUGUGAAACACGAAAUCAAACAUCUUGUGAGUAA